AUGGAUUUACUGCCCGCCAGUGGCGUGGACGUAAACCACCGCCACCCUCGCAUGGAUACUCCUCUGCAGGCCGCACUCAAGCAUACCGACCAUGAACAUCGUGCGGUAAGACUGAGUUGUGCCCGCAGACUCAUCGAAUUGGGUCACAAAAUCAAUGCCGCGCCGUCAUGUGACAAGUAUGGGAGGACUGCGCUUCAAGCUGCUGUUGAGACAGGCGAUGUCGAAUUCGUCCGGUAUCUGCUAGCAGAAGGAGCAGAAGUAAACGCUCCAGCAGCUCCACUCUUUGGUGUCACAGCUCUACAAGCAGCCGCAAUCAAGUCGUACUUGCGCAUCGCCCAAAUUCUUCUGGAACACGGCGCUCACAUAGAUGCCGACCCAAGUCCCUACGGAGGCAGACGAGCAAUUGACGGAGCAGCAGAACGGGGACGCAUCGACAUGGCGAAGUUGCUCCUGGAUAACUACGACGGACCCAGGCCCAUUUCGGAAGUUUGCAAAAGUGCCGUGAGAUACGCCAGAGAGCAGAACCAGUGGUAUAUGAUGGAAUUUUUGGAAUCUUACAGGCCGCCACAAAAGUGA